AGGAAAAUGGCAGCCAGAAACUUUUCUGUGACAGAGUUCAUCCUCACAGGCUUAACAGAUGAGACAGGACUUCAAAUUCCACUCUUUCUCCUGUUUCUAGGUUUCUACCUGAUCACCAUGCUGGGGAACCUGGGCUUGAUCCUCCUGAUAGGGCUGAACUCUCACCUGCACACCCCCAUGUACUUCUUCCUCUUCAACCUCUCCAUAAUAGAUUUAUCUUACUCCACUACCAUCACCCCCAAAAUGCUGAUGAGUUUUAUCUCCAAGAAGAACAGGAUCUUGCAUGCUGGGUGCAUGACUCAGCUCUUUUUCUUCUGCUUCUUUGUCAUUUCUGAGUCCUUUGUCCUUUCAGCAAUGGCGUAUGACCGCUAUGUUGCCAUCUGUAACCCACUGGUGUACACGGUCACCAUGUCUCCCCAGGUGUGUUCACUCCUCUUGUUAGGUGUCUACGUGAUGGGCCUCACUGGGGCCAUGGCUCACACAGGAAGCAUAAUGAGUCUGACCUUCUGCUCUGACAUCCUUAUUAAUCAUUUCAUGUGUGACAUCCUUCCCCUUCUUGAGCUCUCCUGCAACAGAAAUUAUGCAAAUGAGCUGGUGGUCUUUAUUGUUGUGGCCAUUGACAUUGGAAUACCCAUUGUCACCAUCUUCAUUUCUUAUGCCCUCAUCCUGUCUAGCAUCCUUCACAUUCGUUCCACAGAGGGUAGAUCCAAAGCCUUCAGCACCUGCAGCACUCAUAUAAUUGUGGUUCUUCUUUUCUUUGGUUCUGGGGCUUUCAUGUAUCUCAAAUCACCAUCUAUUUUGCCCCUUAAUCAAGGGAAAAUAUCUUCCCUGUUUUAUACUAUUGUGGUACCUAUGUUAAAUCCAUUAAUCUAUAGCUUGAGAAAUAAGGAUGUCAAAGUUGCCUUUAGGAAAACUUUGGGUGGAAAAAUAUUUUGUUAA